AUGCUCAGAUACCUAAAGAAUCUCGGAGGCGAAGACCACAAAAAUUCUGCAGCAUCGACAUAUGAGCUUCCAUUAGGCUGGUCAUUCUACACCGAUCCAGCGAGCCAGCGACUACACUACAUCGACCAUUCCACCGGCAGGACCUACGACAAACCCCCUCCACCACGCUUCAAAUUCGACCCCAACAAAACCCCUUCACCCCGAGAAUUCGAUACCUGGUCUCAAAGCUCAGGCUCGUCCAUCUCCUCUUUAGACCUAGGCACACCCCUAAUCUUCACAAAAACCACAACUGUCUCCGCCGUCUCCGAGCCCUGCACCCAAGAUUCACCCACCGGCACACCAACCCUGGAUGCCAGAAUCCAAAAACGCACAGAGUACAACAACACCGCAUCCCCCUCCCCCUCUACCAAAUCCCCAACCACAGACCCGGAACAACUCUACUCCCUCACAACAUCCCACACCAUCUCCAUCCCCUCCAACACAGACCCCAACCCCUGCUGUUGUUCCUCCCACAUCUCCUCCUCAACACCUUGUCCCCAACGAACAUGUUGUGACCGCACCAUCGACCAACCCCUCGUGCCCUGCGGCUAUACCGGUGAAGAAACCGAGAGGGAAUUGCGGUUUUAUGCUGAUCGACAGUGUCCUGUUUGUGGGAAAUGGAUUUUGGAGUGUGAACAUGAUCGAGUCGGGGAUUUGAGGAGUACCGGUUCUGGUGGAGGAUGGGAGGGGAGGGGAUGGUGGGUCCUGAACAUUCUUAUCCUACUCUGA